CCCCUCGUCCCUGCGCAGCCCUGCGGGCGCUGGGCACCCCCAAAACAGCAAUGCUGAGGAGGGGGAGGGCUGGCCGGGCCCCAGCCGCUCUGCAGGACCCCGGGAUCCCUCGGGAGUGGAGGGAGGCGGCCGGGAGGCCAGGGUGGAGGAGAUGGAGGACGAGCUGGACUUGAGCUGCACCUUCGUCUUCAAAGCCCGGCAGAAAGCGGGGGUGAGGCUGCCGGCCCCCGCCAAGGAGAAACCGGCCAGGACGGGCACUGCGGAGCCGAGCAAGAGGGCACCGGGGAAGGUGCCCCCGCCCCAGCCUGCUGUGCCCCCGGACGUGAGCGUGGUGCAGCAGAGCCUGAUUCUCGCAGGUCGCGGCAACGAAGCUGCCCAGAAGGGCCGCUACGCCGAGGCGGUGCAGGCUUUCACCGAGGCCGUGAAGCUGAACCCCAGGGAGCACCGGCUGUUUGGGAACCGCUCCUACUGCUACGAGAAGCUGCGGCGCUACGAGGAGGCUCUGCGGGACGCGCUGGUGUCGCUGGGGCUCCAGCCCGGCUGGCCCAAAGGCUUUUUCCGCAAGGGCAAGGCGCUGCGGGGGCUGGAGCGCUACGCCGAGGCCGCCAGCACCUUCGAGGAGCUGCUGCGCCUGGACGGCGCCGACGCCGACGCGGCCGCCCAGCUCGAGGCUUGCCGGGCUCUGCUGCGGCAGCGCAGCACCCACGGCCGGAGCAGCCCCGGGGGGGUCCCCAUGUCCCCGUCCCCGCUGGAGGCCGGGGAGCCACCGCUGCCUCCCCCCGGGGAGUGGGCGCGCGGGAGCUGCCAGGACGCUGCCACGGGCGGCUUUGUGACCGUCGGGAGCUCCCGCAGCCAGGCGCGAGGCCAGGGCCGGCCCGUGGCCAGUAGCCAGCAGACGCUGCCCCCAACCCAUCCCGCCAGGGACUGCUACCCCCUCUGGGUGGGGAACAUCACCCCCAGGAUCAGUGAGAAGGUGCUGCAGAGCUCCUUCGGCCGGUUUGGGGAGAUCCGCUUCAUCCGGCUGCUGCCGGAGCGGCGCUGCGCCUUCAUCAACUACACGCGGAAGAAGGCGGCGGAAGCGGCCUACGCGGCCAUGCAGGAUGCUGAGGUGGAGGGGAACAGACUGGUGCUGCAGCUCAAGCACCCCUCCCACGCCACCCCCUCCCACUGACAGCACCCCAAGCCCUGCAGUGAGGUGGGUGCCCUCCCUGGGGGGCUCCUGUAGCCGGGCAAGGGGGGGUCUCCUGAGCUUACAGCAGCAGAGCCAGACCCCCCCCAGCCUGCUCUGACCCCUCCCCAGGGCCUGGGACCUGAGUGGUGCCUCCGGGCUUUGCUGCCCAGGGAAGGGGGGGGGGGUGUCUGACCUUAGAGACCUCCUGUGCUCCCUGCCAGGGACUGGGCAGGGGGCUGAGCCUGUGCGUCCUGUGUCCCCCCCCCACUGCCUCUGUUGGGGCCCCACGGGUGGGGGUCCCACCCAGUGCCUUCUGGGGGGGCUCUGCUGCUGCCCCCCCCGGGUGCGGACCUCGCUGAUGGGGGGGGGGGUCCUGCCUGCGCUGGGUCCCCUGGGGCUGGAGCCCACCCGGGGGGGCCAGUGCUUGGAGGGGGGGGGCACAGGCCUGUGCCCUGGCAUGGCCGCUCCCCUGGGCGCGGGCUGCGAUUUGUACCCAAUUUGGGGUUUGUAACCAAAUUUGGGGUUCUUAAUAAAACUGAGAGCCAGUG